CCUUCCCCCCCCCUUCCCUACCAGAGCCAAGAUGGCCACCAGUGGUGCCCUGCACCUCUCCUUGCCAGUCCUGCUGCCUGUGAUCACUCUGCUGCUAUCACUGCUGCUCACCGGCUCCCACGCCAUAUCACAACCACGGUUCACAAAAGUUCCCGUUGACCAGAUUGGUGUCUCGGGGGGUGUGGUCUCCUUUGUCUGCCAGGCAACAGGUGACCCCAAGCCAAAGGUUAGUUGGAACAAAAAAGGAAAGAAGGUGAACUCCCAGCGUAUAGAGACCAUCGAGUUUGACGAGGGUGCCGGCGCUGUUCUGAGAAUCCAGCCUCUCCGAGCUCCUCGUGAUGAGAACAUCUACGAGUGCGUGGCUGAGAACAGCGAGGGCGAGAUUACCGUCAGUGCCAAGCUGUCCAUCAUCCGAGAGGACCUUCUUCCACCAGGCUUCCCUAACAUCGACAUGGGGCCUCAGCUCAAAGUAGUGGAGCGCACCCGAACGGCCACAAUGCUCUGCGCUGCCAGUGGGAACCCUGACCCGGAAAUCACUUGGUACAAAGACUUCCUGCCAAUUGACCCCAGUACAAGUAAUGGACGAAUCAAACAGUUACGCUCAGAAACCUUUGAGGGUACCCCGAUUCGAGGUGCCUUGCAGAUUGAGAACAGCGAGGAGACGGACCAGGGGAAGUACGAGUGUGUGGCGUCUAAUGUGGAAGGCGUGCGCUACUCGUCCCCCGCUAACCUUUAUGUGCGAGAGCUUCGAGAAGUCCGGCGGGUGCCUCCUCGCUUCUCCAUUCCACCAACAAGUCAGGAAAUUAUGCCCGGUGGUAGUGUCAACAUAACGUGUGUGGCAGUGGGGUCGCCCAUGCCUUAUGUCAAGUGGAUGCUGAACUCAGAGGAUUUGACGCCAGAGGAUGAGAUGCCAGUGGGUAGGAACGUUCUUGAACUGAGCAGCGUCCGUGAGUCAGCCAACUACACCUGUGUCGCCAUGAGCAGCCUUGGGAUUAUUGAAGCUGUGGCGCAGAUCACUGUCAAAUCUCUCCCAAAGCCCCCGGGUACCCCUGUGGUUACUGAGACCACUGCCACCAGCGUGACCAUCACCUGGGACUCAGGAAACCCAGAUCCAGUGACAUACUACAUCAUCCAGUAUAGGGCCAAGUCCCCAGACAGCAAAUAUGAAACUGUGGAUGACAUCACCACAACACGUUAUAGCAUUGGUGGCCUCUAUCCCAACACAGAGUAUGAAAUACGUGUCUCAGCUGUCAACACAAUUGGCCAGGGUCCUCCCAGUGAGCCGGUAGAAACUCGGACUGGUGAACAAGCCCCCGCCAGUCCACCACGAAACAUUAAGGCCCAGAUUCUUCCCCAAAACACCAUGAUGGUUCAGUGGGAAGAGCCAGAGGAACCCAAUGGGCAGAUCAAGGGCUACCGUGUGUAUUACACCAAGGAUGACUCCCAGCCCAUGAGCAACUGGUGGAUCCAUAAUGUCCAGGACAGCCUCAUCACCACUAUCCAGAGCCUAACUCCUCAAGAGACCUAUACAAUCAGAGUCUUAGCAUUUACCUCUGUAGGUGAUGGACCUUUCUCAGAACCCAUCCAUGUCAAAGUACUGCAAGGAGUUCCAGGUCAGCCAUCCAAAUUCCAGGUUGGAGCUGUGUCUGACACCAGCAUUCAGCUGACCUGGGAACCUGCCUAUGAGAAAGAAGGAAUUAUAAGUUAUGAACUUCGUUAUAUGGAAGUCGGUCAUGGCCCCCAGAUGAAGAAAACAUUUGGACCCACAAUGUCAUACGUUGUGGAAGGUCUCCGCCCCAACACAGAGUAUCGUUUCUCCCUGGCAGCCAUCUCUAACAAAGGCAUCGGAGCCUUCACAAAUGACAUUAUACAGAAGACCUUGCAAGCGAAGCCCUCAGCUCCCCCUCAAGAAGUUAAGUGCAGCAGCACCAGCUCUACCACCCUGUUGGUAAGUUGGCGCCCCCCACCUCUGAAGAGUCAGAAUGGUGACCUGGUGGGGUAUAGGGUGCGCUACCAGGUGGUGGGCCAGUCAGAAGGGGCCAGUGACACCGAGGAACCACUGGAGGAGCCCACGGUGCCUGCCACCGAGGAGCAGGUGUUGCUUCAGCGAUUAGAGAAGUGGACCCAGUACCGCAUCACUGUGUCUGCCUCCACUGCGAUUGGGCCUGGCCCUGAGAGCGAGCCCCUCAUGUGUCGGACAGAUGAAGACGUUCCUGGGGCUCCUCCAAGGCGGGUGGAGGUGGAGGUCCUCAACUCCACAGCAAUUAAGGUGAUGUGGCGUUCUCUUACGCCAGGCAAGCAGCACGGACAGAUCCGUGGCUACCAGGUUCAUUAUGUACGUGUGGAAAAUGGCGAGUCUCGGGGCCUGCCUCUCAUCAAGGAUGUGAUGCUGGCUGAUGCCCAGUGGGAAACGGACGAUACAGCUGAAUAUGAAAUGGUCAUUGGAGGACUCAAGCCAGAAACCACUUACUCCAUCACAGUGGCAGCAUACACCACCAAGGGGGAUGGUGCUCGGAGCAAACCCAAACUGGUGGUGACCAAAGGGGCAGUACCUGGUCCACCCUAUCUGUCAGUGGCUCAGGACUCAGACACAUCAGCUGUGGUUCGCUGGGAUCCUCCAGAUCUAACCAAUGGCAUGGACCUGCAGGGUUACCGGCUCCAGUUUGGCAGAAAAGAUGUCACUCCUUUGGCCACACUGGAAUUUGCUCCCCAAGAGCGGCAGUACUCUGUGGGCAACAUCCACCGGGGGGCCACUUAUCUCUUUAAGAUCUCUGCCAAGAGCAGGGGUGGCUUUGGGGAAGAGGCUGUGGUAGAACUCGCUGUGCCUGAGAACACGCCAGGGGGAUACCCACAAAUUAACGAGGGCUCCAAUGUGACAUGCUGCUCAGUGCAGCUGUCCUGGUCUCCACCAGUGCUGGCAGAGAGGAAUGGGGUAAUCACAGAGUACACUUUGGCCUAUAAAGAAGCUGGCACCAGAGAAGCUCCACGGGAACUCCACUUAUCCCCCAGCCUAUCCAGCUAUGUGCUCAACAGCCUCAAACCGAACUCAGCAUAUGAUGUGAAAAUACGUGCACACACCAGUGUAGGUCCAGGGCCCUACAGCCCACCUAUCCAGUAUCGGACCGUGGCCUUUGAUCCAUCAGAUGUUCCAAAGAAUUUCACUGUCAAGUGGACCACCAAGACCACAGUGGUCAUUGCAUGGAAGUUUUCUGAAAGCAGGUCCCCAUACAAAUGCACAAUUGAGUAUAACCGUCAGAAGAUGGAUGUGGACGCCAGGCAGUUGAGGGUGCUCAUCACUGGACUAAGACACAACGCUACCUAUGAGUUCACAGUGACCUGCCAAGAAAGCAUGGAUGGUGGGCAAAGACACCGGGUAACGGCCAGGACUGCACCGUUCAUACUGAACAAAAAACCCAAGCUGGACAUCUACAUUAAUUCGGACAACGUGGUCACGAUGUCCUUCCCACCAAUUGACGGCAAGGAUGUCAAGAAUUUCUAUGUGGUAGUGGUGCCACUUAAGAAGACCACGGGGACUGUUAAAAACUUGAAAAGCCCUGAUGAGAUGGACAUGGAAGAGCUGUUGCGGGAGGUGAUCCCAAAGCGUCGUUCCCGCCGUCAGCUGGCUCAGCUGGACCAGAAGAAGCCCUACAUCAUAGCUUGCUUCAGGCAGCUGCCCGCCAGCUUCACAUUAGGAUCUGAAACCCGCCACAGUAACUGUGAGAACAAGCCUCUCGAACCUGGCGAGGAGUACGUCUUCUUCCUGCUGGCUGAACUCAACGCCACUAGUGGGAAAAUGUUUGCAACCAGCCCGUACACUGACAUAGUGACGAUUCGUGAGCUGCCUGUGGACCCUGCACCAAUAGAGCCUGGAGAUGGGCUCAUAUGGGUGUUGGGCCCUGUCCUGGCUGUGGUCUUCAUUAUCUGCAUUGUCAUCGCCAUUCUUCUGUAUAAAAACAAACCUGACAGCCACAAAAGAAAAGAGUCGGAGCCACGCACAAAAUGUCUGCUCAACAAUGCAGACAUUACACCCCAUCACCCUACAGACCCUGUGGAGAUGAGACGCAUCAACUUCCAAACUCCAGAUUCUGGUCUAAGCAGUCCUCAGAGUGAAGCAGAUUUUGACUAUGAAAGUAUGAUGAAUCAUCCUCCUAUCCCCAUCUCAGAGCUGGCUGAACACACAGAACUUCUCAAGGCCAACGACAACCUCAAACUCUCCCAGGAAUAUGAGUCUAUUGAUCCAGGCCAGCAGUUCACCUGGGAACACUCCAACCUGGAGGUGAACAAGCCCAAAAAUCGUUACGCCAACGUCAUUGCCUACGACCACUCACGUGUCAUCCUGGCUCCCAUAGAGGGUAUAACAGGCAGCGAUUACAUCAACGCUAACUACAUUGAUGGCUACAGGAAACAGAAUGCCUACAUUGCCACACAGGGACCUUUACCGGAGACAUUUGGGGACUUCUGGAGGAUGGUUUGGGAACAAAGAGCAGCCACGAUUGUCAUGAUGACCAGGCUGGAAGAGAAGUCACGGAUUAAGUGUGACCAGUACUGGCCUAGCCGAGGUACAGACACGUACGGGAUGACCCAAGUGACCCUUUUGGAUACGAUAGAAUUGGCCACUUUCUGCGUGCGCACUUUCUCCUUGCACAAGAAUGGUUCGAGUGAGAAGCGAGAGGUUCGUCAGUUCCAGUUCACGGCCUGGCCUGACCACGGUGUACCAGAGUACCCAACCCCAUUCCUGGCCUUCCUCCGCAGGGUGAAGACUUGCAAUCCACCUGACGCCGGACCAAUCAUUGCUCACUGCAGCGCGGGCGUCGGGCGGACGGGCUGCUUCAUAGUCAUCGACGCCAUGCUCGAGCGAAUCAAGCACGAGAAGACAGUCGACAUUUAUGGCCAUGUGACACUUAUGCGAUCGCAGCGGAACUACAUGGUGCAGACCGAGGACCAGUACAGCUUCAUUCAUGAUGCACUGCUGGAGGCGGUGGCCUGCGGAAACACUGAAGUGGCUGCCCGGAGCCUGUAUUCUUACAUCCAGAAGCUUGCCCAGGUGGAGAGCGGUGAGCACGUCACUGGCAUGGAGCUGGAGUUCAAGCGUUUGGCCAACUCCAAAGCCCACACGUCGCGCUUCAUCAGUGCCAACCUGCCCUGCAACAAGUUCAAAAAUCGGCUGGUUAACAUCAUGCCCUAUGAGACCACACGUGUUUGCCUGCAGCCAAUCAGAGGCCUGGAAGGAUCUGACUACAUCAAUGCCAGCUUUAUUGAUGGUUACAGGCAACAGAAAGCCUACAUUGCCACGCAGGGCCCUCUGGCAGAGACUACGGAAGACUUCUGGAGAAUGCUCUGGGAGAACAACUCUACUAUUGUAGUCAUGUUGACCAAACUUAGAGAGAUGGGACGGGAAAAAUGUCACCAGUACUGGCCAGCAGAGCGCUCUGCCAGGUAUCAGUACUUUGUGGUAGAUCCCAUGGCGGAGUAUAACAUGCCUCAGUACAUCCUCCGAGAGUUCAAGGUCACAGAUGCCAGGGAUGGCCAGUCCAGAACAGUAAGACAGUUCCAGUUUACUGAUUGGCCGGAGCAAGGGGUUCCCAAAUCAGGGGAGGGUUUCAUUGAUUUUAUUGGCCAGGUGCAUAAAACCAAGGAGCAGUUUGGGCAGGAUGGCCCAAUCUCUGUCCAUUGCAGUGCUGGCGUGGGCAGGACCGGAGUCUUUAUCACCCUUAGCAUCGUCCUGGAAAGGAUGCGUUAUGAAGGUGUGGUUGAUAUCUUCCAAACGGUGAAGAUGCUGCGAACACAGAGGCCGGCUAUGGUCCAAACUGAGGAUGAGUAUCAAUUCUGCUAUCACGCAGCUCUGGAGUACUUAGGAAGCUUUGAUCACUAUGCAACGUAAAAAGCCAUCUUUUCCCCCCAGAAUCCUGUUGCCCCACCCCCCCACCUCAACAGUCUCUUGAGCCAUAGAAACUGACAUUCGAAACGACGACAGCAGACAACCAUAUCGCCAACCGCUAAUUCAGACACAUCAAACAGGAUCUUGUAGAUUUUUCGAAGACGACGCCCCGUCCAACCAGUUUAGAGUCCAAUUCGACUUUUGAGGCGCAUCAUGAGGAAACAAGAAAAUUGCCCAUCAUUUCAAGAAAAGAAGAUCCUCGGCAGGGGAGGAACCAGACGCUGUGGCUCAAGCUGUGGGGCGGGUAUCAAUCAAAGUGUCAGACUGCUUACCUUACCUCAAGUGUUUCAAUGUGGAGGACAUAGUAAACAUUCGUGGACAUUUCUCUUCUCAAAAAUAUCUUCGUGAUACGACAGUAACAAGCGACAGACGACGAAGGAAAAGGAAAGCAAAAAAAAAACAAACAAAAACAAAACAAAAAAAGAAGCAGAUGGAUGUAGCCAAGACUGGGUGACUAUCUUGUUUUUUGAUAUGCUCGGGAGUAAAAGGGGUUCAAGUAUUUCCAUCAUCACAGCGUGAGUAAUGUUAUGAGAAAUGAAGAAAUUGUGGUUGCCUGCAUCAAAAUAACCCCCCCCCC